AUGACUGGGUGUGGUCUGUUCGACAUGGGAUUUGUUGGAAGCAAGUAUACUUGGUCCAAUCGUUACACAAAAGAAAGGCUGGACAGAGCUUUUCAUUCUAUGCAUUGGAGAGAAUGCUUUCCUUUCUCGAGAGUUGUAACCCUCCCUCCUUCUGAUUCGGAUCAUUGUCCACUGCUAAUAGAAGUGGAAACUAAGAUCAAUGCGACUGGUACUCAGUUGUAUGAGUGUCACAAGAAAGAUGUUUCAAAAAACAAAGUGGAGAUGCGAGUACUUCAGGAAAAAAUGAAAGAUAUCAUGUCCCAUCCACAUACCCCUCAACAGUAUGAUGAACAAAAGCAGUUGCAUGUCCGAUAUAGUGCAUUACUUGCACAGGAAGAAACUUACUGGAGACAGAGAUCCAAGACGUUUUGGAUGAAGGAUGGAGAUAAAAAUACUGCCUUUUUUCAUAGGAAAGCUUCAAAUAGAAGAAACAAGAACCGAAUUAAAGGCUUAAACAACGAAGCAGAAGCAGUUGAUGUGAAAGUCACUGAAGAGAUGAAUGUGGAACUUAACAAACCCUAUUGUGAGAAGGAAAUCAAAGACGCCCUCUUCCAAAUGCAUCCGUCCAAAAGCCCUGGCCCAGAUGGUAUGUCCCCAUUUUUCUUUCAGAAAUAUUGGAGUAUUUUGUCUACUGAUGUUUGUCUGGGAGUGCAAACUUUCUUAAAGACAGGAGAAUUGGAGUAUGCAGCCAACUUCACUCAUCUAUGUCUUAUCCCAAAAAUUUCUGAAGCAACAGAAGCGAAUCAGUUUCGCCCUAUUGCUUUAUGCAAUGUACUAUACCGAAUCAGGUCCAAGGUUCUUGCUAAUAGGUUGAAACAAAUCCUGUCUUCCAUCAUCUCUCCAUUACAAAGUGCGUAUGUACCGGGCCGGUUGAUUUCAGAUAAUACCUUGGUAGCUACCGAGGUCGCUCAUUUCAUGUAUAAACUUCGCAGGCAAGAGGAGGGCUUCUUCUCACUCAAGCUAGACAUAAGCAAGGCUUAUGAUAGGCUUGAAUGGGACUUCUUGAGGGCCAUGUUAACAAAGCUAGGGUUUCAUGAGCAGUGGAUCACCAUCAUUAUGAAAUGUGUAGCGUCUGUUCAGUAUUCGAUUUUGGUGAAUGGACAGCCUUCUAAAGCGAUUACUCCUACCAGAGGGAUUCGGCAAGGUGACCCUCUAUCACCUUACCUCUUUAUUUUGUGUGCAGAGGGACUAUCAGCUCUCAUCUCGAAAGCAGUGGAGAGCUCUCAUCUACAAGGGCUUAAGAUGUGUCCUGAAGCUCCUACUUUACACCAUUUAUUUUUUGCGGAUGACAGCUUGAUUUUUGGAGCUGCAAGUGAAUCAGAAUGUCAUGUCUCGAGACACAUUCUCAACACAUAUGAGCUGGCAUCAGGACAAAAGGUAAAUUACCAAAAGAGUAGUGUGGUGUUCAGUCGAAAUGUACAUCCGGAUUUGCAAGAUAAUCUAGCGAGUGUGUUGGAAGUUCAAAGAGUGGAAGAACAUGAUCGGUACUUAGGAUUACCACUACGCGUUGGCAAAUCAAAGACUGCAAUUUUUUCUUACAUCAAAGAAAGGUUAACAAAGAAACUCUUGGGGUGGAAAUCAAAGAUCCUCAGUUCUGCAGGUAAGGAAAUCUUGAUCAAAGCUAUAGCACAAACGGUGCCAUCUUAUGCUAUGAACUGUUAUCUCAUUCCUAAGACAUUGUGUGAUGAUAUUCAUCAAUUGUGUGCACAAUUUUUUUGGGGGGAUACUGAUCAAACCAGGAAAAUUCAUUGGCGAAGCUGGGGCAAGCUUUGCAUGACAAAACAAGAAGGCGGUCUUGGUUUUAAGAAUCUCUAUGCCUAUAACCUAGCUAUGUUGGCUAAGCAGGCAUGGAGGUUAAUCCUACAUCCUCAAUCCUUGAUUGCACAAGUGUAUAAGGCUAGAUAUUUUCCACACCACUCUUUUUGGGAUGCAGAACUUGGUGAUGCCCCCUCCUUCUCAUGGAGAAGUAUAUUAGAGAGUCGUCCUUUCUUGGUUGCCGGAAUUCAAUGGAAAGUGGGGACUGGAGAACUGAUAGAUGUCUGGAAGGAUAAUUGGAUCCCAGAGUGUCCUCGUUACCUUGUUCAAAAGCCACCUCAUACUACCAUCAGUAUGGUAGCUGAGUUAAUUGAUGAGGAAACCCAAAGUUGGAAGGAACAUGUUGUGCAGGCCACUUUCUUACCUGAGGUAGCUGAUAAAAUUCUUAGUAUCCCUUUAAGUCGAAGUGCUAGUGCAGAUCGAUAUAGAUGGAUGCCAGAGAAAAAUGGCAAGUAUACAGUCAAGUCGGCAUAUUGGAUUGCUCGACAGCAGGUUAUGGGUGAGUUCCUCACUUCUACUUCAUCUGGAAAUCCAUAUGAGACUCUUUGGAAGAAAAUCUGGAACACAAGGUGUAACAUCCCAAUCAGGAUUGUUGUUGGAAUUGGAAUUAGUAGUAAUGAUGGUUAUGACUAUGAACCGACUGGAAUGUGUUACUUGACACGAUCGGUCCGGUUCUGGUGGAGGUUUUUCUUAUCAGAUGGGUUGUGUAUGAUAUUAGAGGUUGGUGGAAUAACUUUUAAAGAAAUAGGUUUCCAGUUGGCUCCGGAAAUAUUUCUAAUUAAGGAAUUGAGCGAGUUUUGCCACCCUGGUGACCCUCAAUUGGAAAUGUAUAGGAAGUUGUUGGUACGAGUGAAAUCCGGUCACCACUUGUCUAACGAAUUGUCAGGUGGUGAUAUCGAACAGAUGGUUGGAAAUGUUCUACUUGGGGUUGGUGGAGCAGUUGGGAAAGAGAGUUUUCCUAGUUAUCUAAGGAAGCUAUUUUAUUUAAGUUUGAUCAGAAUUCCAGUCAAGUAUCUAAUAAUACGGAUAGUAGUGUUUUCUGUGGUGAGAAUUACAUUGGCAUAUGAAGUAGAAUUAUCAUUUGUGGCAUUGGAGGCCAGCGAGAACGACGUGGAUUCAACUAGAGGACUACCCUUUGUUAUGCUUGACAACUGUGAGGCUUUUGCGUGA